ACGGCCGGGAUAAAGCAAGAUGGCGUCUGACGGUGAAGACGUUAUUGCAGUCGUCACAGUUCAGUGUUCUUAAUCUGUGCCUCCAUGUACACAUAUAUGUCCUUUAUUACACUCUAGUAAAUAGAGUAAACAUCGUUAAUAACUGUUUGCAUCCGGUUAUAUUAGUCUGAGCGCACUUUGAUGCUUCUCCAGCUAGCUUAGCUUGCUAGUUAGCUUAGCUUGUUAGCUGCUAACAAAGAGAGGCGGAAGUGAUCAAAACACAUCGCUAAGCAGAGAUCAAGUGUGAGUGUAAAGUGUUGUGAUUGUGUGAAAAUGUGCGAAAGAACCAUAGCAGAGUACGAGGAGGAACUUUGUCCAACAAAAGAGGAGAAGGAGCGACAACAUCAAAAACAUCAAGUUGUGUUACACAGAACAGACAUCCAUCAGCUGAUUGGACACCUAGAAGAAUGUCUCCCUCAUCUGCAGGGGGACAGUUUCACACAUCCACAGCCCCCCUUUUUCAAAGAGGAAGAGGAGGGAGAGUGUCCUGUAGGGCAGGAGGAGGCUGAUCUCAGCAAGUUUCCACUGACUGUUGUUGUCUCUGUGAAGACUGAAGAGCAUGAAGACAAACCACCUGAGUCCUCACAGCUUCAUCACAGUCCAAACGUCUGUGAAGAACAUCUCUCUGAGCAACAGAAGUGGAGCUUCAGGAUGGACGAGGAGGAGCCACAGCCCUUCCACAUUAAGGAGGAAGAAGAGGCGCCACAUGCAUUGCAAAUGCAAAGGGAAGAAAAUACCCCACUGACCUCCCAUUUUAAAGAGGAAGAGGAGGAACACAGCAUCAGUCAAGAAUGGUUGGAGGAGUUCCAUGUGAUUGUGAAGAGUGAAGAUGAUGAGGUCAAAGGUGAGAGUGAGGAGUGGGGAGGGGGGGAGCCUCCAAGCAGCAGCUCAACUCAACACAUGACAACAGAAGCUGAUGGAGACCACUGUGGAGGAUCACAAGCAGACAAGCUCUUAGCUCCACUAUCAGAUAGUGAGGACACAACGUCACACUCUCCUGACACUGAUGAUGAAGACUCUAAAGAUGAUAAGACAUGUCACACUGACAACACACACCUGACAUGUUCUCACUGUGACAAAACUUUUCAAUAUCCUAGUAAAUUCAAAAGACACAUGAGAACACACACUGGAGAAAAACCUUUUUCAUGUUCAAUCUGCUGUAAAGAUUUUACUCAGAGGCACGAUCUGAAAAGACACAUGAGAACACACACUGGAGAAAAACCAUUUACAUGUUCAGUCUGUGGUAAAGAUUUUACUCGAAAGUACUAUUUCAAAGUACACAUGAAAAUACACACCGGAGAAAAACCCUUUACGUGCUCAAUUUGCGGUAAAAGAUACACCGCAGAAAAGUAUUUGGAAAGACACACAAGAAUACACACCGGUGAAAAACCUUUUAUCUGUUCAGAAUGUGGUAAAGGGUUUUCACUAAGUGUCUAUUUGAAAGUACACAUGAGAACACACACUGGAGAAAAACUUUUGUCUUGUACAGUCUGUCAUAAAAGUUUUAUACAACGUGGUGAGUUGAAAAGGCACAUGAGAACACACACUGGUGAAAAACCUUAUACAUGUUCAGUAUGUUGUAAAAGUUUUAUACAAAGACAGCAUUUGAAAGUACACAUGAUAACACACACAGGUGAGAAAGUGUGGAGUUGCAGUGUGUGUGGUGAACGUUUCUCUUAUAAGUCCCAGUGUAAGAAACACAAGUGUGCUGGUGAGAACAGCAGCAGCAAAUGAAGAUGCAGGAUUUGAAAUAAACUGUCAAAACUUAACUUUGACCUCUGACAUCAGCACAUAUAUUCUAACAUUUAUAGAUUAGAUAUAGAUUGACUUUUUCAGUCAAGUACAUGUUUUAAUACACAACAUUGUGUACUUUUGUUUAAAAUGAACACAACACUUUGACUGUAAAGGUGAGAAUAAACAGGACAAAACAUGUUACAAAUACUUUUUGUGUCUUUAGAGAUAUUCAGAAAUAAUUUUUUUAAUAUUAAUGAUGUUAUAGAUGAACUCCUUUAUAUGAUGUACAUAUUUGUUUUACAUGUGUUCAUACCUUUGCUUUUCAAUCAAUCAAUGUUUAUUUAUAUAGCCCCAAAUCACAAAUGUCUCAAAGGACUGCACAAAUCAUUACGACUACAACAUCCUCGGAAGAACCCACAAAAGGGCAAGGAAAACUCACACCCAGUGGGCAGGGAGAAUUCACAUUCAGUGGGACGCCAGCGACAAUGCUGACUAUGAGAAACCUUGGAGAGGACCUCAGAUGUGGGCAACCCCCCCCCUCUAGGGGACCGAAAGCAAUGGAUGUCGAGCGGGUCCAACAUGAUACUGCGAAAGUUCAAUCCACAGUGGCUCCAAGACAGCAGCGAGAGUCCCGUCCACAGGAAACCAUCUCGAGCGGAUCAGCAGCGUAGAGAUGUCCCCAACCGAUACAGGCGAGCGGUCCAUCCUGGGUCCCGACGAGCGGUCCAUCCUGGGUCUCGACUCUGGACAGCCAGUACUUCAUCCAUGGUCAUCGGACCGGACCCCCUCCACAAGGGAGGGGGGGACAUAGGAGAAAGAAAAGAAGCGGCAGAUCAACUGGUCUAAAAAGGAGGUCUAUUUAAAGGCUAGAGUAUACAGAUGAGUUUUAAGAUGAGACUUAAAUGCUUCUACUGAGGUAGCAUCUCGAACUGUUACCGGGAGGGCAUUCCAGAGUACUGGAGCCCGAACGGAAAACGCUCUAUAGCCCGCAGACUUUUUUUGAGCUCUAGGAAUCACUAAUAAGCCGGAGUCUUUUGAACGCAGAUUUCUUGCCGGGACAUACGGUACAAUACAAUCGGCAAGAUAGGCUGGAGCUAGACCGUGUAGUAUUUUAUACGUAAGUAGUAAAACCUUAAAGUCACAUCUUAAGUGCACAGGAAGCCAGUGCAGGUGAGCCAGUAUAGGUAUAUAUGUAUGUAUAUAUGUAUAUAAAGGUAUAUACAGUACAGGCGUAAUAUGAUCAAACUUUCUUGUUCUUGUCAAAAGUCUAGCAGCCGCAUUUUGUACCAACUGUAAUCUUUUAAUGCUAGACAUUGGGAGACCCGAAAAUAAUACGUUACAGUAAUCGAGACGAGACGUAACAAACGCAUGGAUAAUGAUCUCGGCGUCUUUAGUGGACAAAAUGGAGCGAAUUUUAGCGAUAUUACGGAGAUGAAAGAAGGCCGUUUUAGUAACGCUUUUAAUGUGUGACUCAAAGGAGAGAGUUGGGUCGAAGAUAAUACCCAGAUUUUUUGAGUACACAUAAAUCCCUCUUAGUUCAUAUUUACUGGUUCACAUCUGAAACAUCUUCUGGACCACUUCUGGAAGCAUAUUAUUUACUUUAUACAUCAUGUGAACAGUUGUCUUUAAUACAAGAUCAUUUACUUUUAAAAUGUGUGACUUUAUGAAUCAUUUGUUGGGUCUCUAGAAUCCAUUAUUUUAAUUAUCUUUAUCAUUCUUUUGUAAUAUAAAUAUUGUUUUAUAUGUAUGUCCCCUUUAUGCAAAAUGUAGAUUAGAGAAAAUGGCAACAUAUGUGGAAGGUUAUGAAGGAUUGUUUUGUUUUUAAUUAUCUACAUUUCUUAUUAAAAAACUAAACAUGACAA